UCCCGUGGAGCAGGGCUUCAUCCACGCUCAGAUCCAGUCUGUCAUCACUGGCGUGUCUCUGUGGAUCGGAGGUCAUGAUUCCAUCACAGAGGGAGGUUGGGAGUGGGCAGACAGGUCACCAUUCCGCUACAUCAACUGGGCUUCAGGUAACCCAGACGACUUCUACGGCGAGGACUGCCUCAGCAUGUACGUCAACGGGGGCAAGUGGAACGACGACAACUGUGAGAACCGCCGAGGCUACAUCUGUAAACGCCGAGGAAACACACCAGAGCCUCCACCGCCCCAUGACGGCUUUCAGACAGUGUAUACGUGUCAGGAGUUCACCAUGCUGCUCCACUGUCCCAAAAACAGUGUCAUCAACAUCCAGUCUGCGUUCUACGGUCGCCGCAGUGACAAGAUCUGCCCCUAUGAGGGCGGGUCCUUGGCCAUGUGCACAGUCCCAGGGACUCUGGAGAAAACCAGGAAGUUGUGCGACAAUCACGAGUUCUGUUUCCUAUACGCCCGCGUGGACAACGACCCCUGCCCUUCUGUCUCCAAGUACCUGGAGGUGGUGUACAGCUGCGAACAGGACGUGUGUGUGAGAGGUCUUGGCCUAGAAGACAGGAACAUCACAGACUCCAUGCUCUCUGCGUCCUCUGCGCUGGACGGGAAGGACCCCUCCAGGGCUCGUCUGAACGGAGAUACCUGCUGGAUGCCCUCGAGCCCAGCUAACUCCUGGGUCCAGGUGAGCUUGUCUCAGCCUAAGAAGGUCACUGGUGUAGUAAUCCAGGGCUGCCCCACUGCAGAUUACUGGGUGACCAAAUUUAAGGUCCAGACCAGCACAGAUGGGGUCUCAUGGACAGACUACACUGCUGAGGGGAAGGUAGAGGAGUUCCCAGGUCCAUCAGACCGGAGCACUGCCGAAACGCAGCUCCUGGGAACGCCCAUGACUGUUCGAUUUAUCAGAAUUCUUCCACUGGAGUGGCACAACCAGGCCGGCCUGCGCUUCGAGCUGCUGGGCUGCACCCCCGACUAUUCCAUUUUGUGUAGUACAAGUCCCAAUUUGGACCACUCUGUGGAUAAAAUGACGGUCCACUGUGCUGCUGGCUGCGCCUCUGAGAUCUACAGUGUGUACGGGACCAUAACAUACCGGGGGGACUCCACCAUCUGCGCGGCAGCCAUUCACGCGGGCGUGAUCCUGAACGAAAACGGUGGGGAAUGCACAGUUCUCAAAGCGCCGGGCCAGAACUUCUACAGCGGUUCCACCAGAAACGGCAUCUCGUCCAGGCAGUACAACGGCGCUUAUCACGUGUCUUACGAGUUCGCCGACGGAGAGCUCAGGUGUCCCUCAGACGACUGGCACGAGUUCAGUGAGUUCUGCUACAAGCCCUACGAGCAGAAGAGGACGUGGUAUGAGGCUCGAGCGUCCUGCCGGAGGCUGGGGGCAGAGCUGGUCUCCAUCAUGUCCCUCACCGAGCAGAGCUGGCUGGAGAGCUACCUCUACUUAGCCAACAGUGAUGUGUGGACUGGGCUGAAUGACCUGACGGUGUCUGGCUACUACACCUGGUCCGACAACCAUGAAGCCAAGUUCACAUACUGGGCACCUGGAGAACCCAACAAUCACCUGGGCUUCAACGAGGACUGUGUGGAGAUGUACCAGCAGACUGGCCGAUGGAAUGACGUCACCUGUACUGAACUGAACACCUACAUCUGCAAAAUGGCCAAAGGUCAUUACCCUUUGGCCUCCAUCAAACCCACCGUCUACGGCUGCCCGCAGGGCUGGGAUGCUUUUGAGUACUCUUGUUACUGGUAUGAGGAGACACCAAUGGCCCGUGUCGAGGCAAAGGAAUUCUGUGAAGUCAAAGACAAAGACAGCAGUCUCCUGCAUAUUGGGGACUUGUACGAGCAGGCGCACUUCACCGCAUCCAUGAGCAGGUUUUCGGGCCACUGGUGGAUGGGGUUGAGGGCGAAGGGUGAAUCGGCAGGCGUGGAUUACUUCUGGGACAACGGACAGUUGCUCCUCUACUCCCACUGGGACCGCAAUCAGCCUGAUAACCAUGCAGGCCCUUGUGUCACCAUGACAACCAAACCAAUUGCUGGUUUCUGGACGAACAGGCAGUGUGAGGAGUCCCACCCCUUCAUUUGCGAGUUGCCUAGAGAUGGCAUGUCCCCGCCCACACGUGCGCCAACCCCGCCCCCUGUUCAAGGGUGUGCGCCGGGCUGGUCAGGAAAGUCACACUACAGGCAGUGCUACAGGCUGUUCACGGUGGACUACGUGCACAAGAAGAGCUGGUCGGCAGCGCUGGAAGACUGCUUUGCAAGGGGAGCCCACCUAGUCAGCAUCCACAGUGCUGACGAGGAGAUCUUCAUGGCCGAGUACACCAAGGGCAGGACGCUGUGGAUUGGCCUGAGCGAGAACCCCUUGGAAGGAGGUUACGUGUGGAGUGACGGCUCGCCCGUCACCCACACCAACUGGGGUUUCGGAGAGCCGAAUAACCACGGAGGCCGGGAGAACUGCGUGGAGAUGGUUACCACCAACAACGGCUCAUCCUACUGGAACGACGUCAACUGCGACGCCCAUCAGGACUGGGUGUGCAUGAUCGCCAAGGGCAAGACUCCCCUCGAGCCUUCAGUGGCACCUUCACCUGUGCCAGCUCCCGACUGUGGGACAAACCCUGGCUGGAGGAAGAACAACGGCAUCUGUUAUUACUACAACGAUACGGACAUCGUGGACUUCUUCACGGCCGCCAUGAGGUGCUACGCCGAGAAGGCCCUGCUGGUUUCCAUCCUGGACCAGGACGAGCAGACUUACGUCGUCUCCAUGGUAGGCACGGGAAGGGUUGCGGAUGCAUGGAUUGGUAUGCGGCAGGUCGGCGUGGUAGGAGGGGAGUAUGUGUGGUUGGACUUUUCCCCUGUGACAUAUGUUCACUGGGCUCCGGGAGAGCCCAAUAAUGCAGAUGGGGAGGAACAAUGCGUACAGAUGAAGAGAUAUCCAGGCUCCUGGAAUGAUGCUAACUGUGGCAGAGCCAACGCAGGAUAUGUGUGUAAGAAACUCCCAGGAGAUCACCACACUCCUCCCCCCCCUACCCGCCCGUGGGAGGGGAACUGCCCCAAGGGUAACCACACCACACCUCCACCCUGA